CUUGAAGAAGGCAUCACUACCACCAGUUUAUCACAGCGAACCUGCUCCAGAAAUCCCCGACGAAUAACCCACAACAAAUCACCAAAUCAUCGAUCAUGGCUAGCCGCAGUCUAGCUGCCCUCGGAGCCAUUGUGGCAACCAACGCAAUGACUUCGAUAGCUCAGAACAUGUCUUUUGGUGCCGCCAACUUUUACGUUAGCGACAACGUCACGGUCGCGCCUAUCACCUUUCCAAACCAGUUCCGAGAAAUGGUUGCGGGCAAUCUGUUUGUCCCUAAAGACUUUGAUUCUACCACCAAAGCAUCAGCUAUCGUUGUUGGUCCUCCUUUUGGUGCAGCCAAGGAGCAGAGCGCGAACCUCUACGCUACAAAAUUGGCUGAGCAAGGCUUUAUUACAAUAUCCAUAGAUCCUGGAUAUUGGGGCCCAGUUGACGGCCAGCCAAGGAACUCUGUACUACCGGACAUGUUUGCGGAAUCCUUCAGCGGGGCCGUGGACUACCUCACGCUACAAGACUAUGUUGACCACGAACGAAUUGGUGUCCUUGGUAUAUGUGGUAGCGGUUCAUGGGCAGUAAGCGCGACCAAGCUCGAUACUCGCAUCAAGGCCCUUGCUACUGUCAGCAUGUACGACAUGGGCGCUGCCUCUCGCGAUGGGAUGGAAAACGCAAUCGGGUUGGAACAACGUCAGGCAAUGAUUGAGGGGGAUACACGAUGGAGACAGUCUAGAGUGGAUAAUCCUGAGACGGCUUUUGCUGCUGGCUUUGGUCGUCCGCCACUGAACGAGAACUCUACAGAUGUCGACAGGGAAUUCUUUGACUUCUACCAAACUCCACGCGCCGAGUAUCCGCCUGUGGGCUCAACCCUGAACCUCACGCGCCCAGCUCUCUCAAUGAACCGCUUCAUGAACUACUGGCCCCUGAGUGGUUUGGAUGUUGUCCAGGGUCGUCCAGUCAUGUUUGUUGCAGGUACCCAGGCACACUCUCGCGAGUUUUCUGUCGACGCAUACAACCUGGCAGCCCACCCGAAAGAAUUAGUUUGGGUACAAGACGCCGGCCACGUGGAUCUAUACGACCGUACAGAGCUUAUUCCCUUCCAUACGCUCGCCACCUUCUUUCAGAACGGCCUCAGUGCGGCCAACGUUACCGUAGCUCAUCGUCGCUAGAUCUCUGUGACCAUGUCUCACAGCCACAAGGUUGAGUCAUAGGCAAGUUAGCGAUUGGGGGCCGGCCAGUUGAUGCUCUGUCGGCACACCAACUACGAUUACGUGCCUUGGGUCGUAUAUUUUCUCUUCGCGAAUUCUUCAUCAUUCCUUAAAAAUUUGUUUCAAUACAAAUCUAUGCCUCCAUCUUAGUGCCUAUUCAAAUACUCCUCGCAACUUUAAUCUUGCUUACCCCUUGUCGGACCAACAGUCGCCCAAGAUAUUUCCCUGCACUCGAUAUUAAACGCCUCACUAAAGCAUUCUCAUCUUAACUCGCAACAAUGCAGUCUAAGCGCAUUACUAGGGGAAGCAGAUAGCCC